AUGUCAGACCAAAUCGAGCAACCAUCAGUCGUACCUGAGAAGCGAGAGGGAGUGGAAGCGGAGAAGGCCCUGGAGCCUUCAAUUGUUGCCGACCCGCCUGCGCAGGAGAGCGCCGCAAAGGAUGAGCCAGUAAAGGAAGCCGACGUCGCUGCCCCUGCAGCUCCCGCCAAGGAGCCAGAAGCCCCCAAAACCGAGGAAGCCAAGGUCGAAAAGCCCGCGUACCUGACCAAGACCCCUGCGCUGGGUGAGCUCUUCGAUCGCCUCCCAUCCAUCCUCAGUACCAUUGGACACAAUGAAAUGUGGGGCGUCGAGCUCAAGGACUAUAAUGAUGUCCCCACUGUCAACGUGCUGAUCAAAUUCCUGCGCGCCAACGAGGGCGACGUCAAGGCCGCCGAGGACCAGCUCAGCAAGGCGCUCAAGUGGCGCAAGGAUGUGAACCCGAAGGCCUUGACAGAGUCUGGCAAGUACAGUGCCGCCAAGUAUGGAGGAUUGGGAUACUUGACAACAUAUGAGGAGAACGGUCGGCCAUUGGUGUUUACUUGGAACAUCUACGGAGCCGUCAAGGAUGCGAAUGCGACUUUCGCCAACGCGGACGAAUUCGUCCAAUGGCGCGCCGCUCUCAUGGAACUCGCCGUGCAAGACCUGAAGAUGGCAGAUGCUACCGAGGUCAUCGAGUACGACGGCGAAGAUCCCUACCAGAUGUUCCAGGUGCACGACUACCUGAACGUCAAGUUCUUGCGCAUGGACCCCGCCGUCCGCACCGCUACAAAGAAGGUUAUCGAUGUCUUCUCCACUGCAUACCCAGAGCUCCUGCGCGAGAAGUUCUUCGUUAACGUUCCCGCAAUCAUGGGCUGGAUGUUCAGUGCCAUGAAACUCUUCCUGAGUCGCAACACCACCCGCAAGUUCCACCCGAUCAGCAACGGCGCCAACUUGGCCCGCGAGUUCUCGCCCUCGAUCCUUGAGCAGCUCCCCAAGGUCUAUGGUGGAAAGGGCCCUGAGCUGAAGGAUAACGCCAGAAUUGUUCCUUUGACUGAGGAGCCUGUCGCCGCAAAGGAGGAGGCCCCCAAGGAGGCCCCCACGGAAGCUCCCCAGGAGGAAGCUCCCAAAGAAGUUGCUCAGCCAGAGGCUCCCAAGGAAGCUGCCAAAGAAGAGGCCGCUAAGGAGGCCGCUCAGGAGGAAGCCCCCAAGGUUGAAACUACCAAGGAAGAACCUGCAAAGGAUGGAGCCCAGUAA